GUGGUGCUUAUUUUUUUUUUCUUCCAUUAACUUAAUGGGCCACGAGAUUUCCAGACUGGGCCUAAAUAAAAAGCAAGACGUGGCGCUUAUUUUUUCCAGAAUCCCGCCGAAACGCAUCAUUUCAAUUUUCUUUAAAAAAAAAAAUCUGAAUCUCAUCCCUUGCUACUGAUCGUUUGAUUCUUCCUCUCAAGCCCCAAGGGUAUUCUGUGGCCGGCGUUUGCAGGAUCCGUCAUGACGCGUGGUAGACCAAAGGCCGAUUCCAGUAGCACCGAUGCUAGGCUGAAAGCCAGAGGUAGGAAAGCUGGGAAGAAAGAAAAGGAUCCGAACAAGCCCAAGAGGCCUCCCAGUGCUUUCUUCGUUUUCCUGGACGAAUUCAGGAAGCAGUUCAAUGAAGCAAAUCCUGGCAAUAAGUCUGUGGCUGCUGUCGGGAAAGCUGCUGGAAAUAAGUGGAAGUCUAUGUCUGAUGCUGAAAAAGCGCCCUAUGUGACCAAGGCAGAGGACAAAAAGAGUGAAUACACCAAAAACAUGCGAACUUACAACAUGAAGCUGGCCGGAGGAUCUAAUCCUUCAGAAGGUGAUGAUUCUGACAAGUCAAAGUCUGAAGUGGAGGAAGAGGGAAGUGGGGAGGGAGAGGAGGAUGAAGAAUAGGAAGCUGUGGGAGACUGAGAAGGAAGGCUGGUGUAGGGUGUGGGUUUCACAGCAGUAGCUAGUUUCCCCUUUUUUUUAAUCUUUCCUUCUCUGGCUGACUAUGUUGGAUGUGUAGAUUUUACAUUCUUAUUGAGAAAUUCUUCGGUCCUGA